UCAGCACCAUCUCUACCAUCAGUUCACCGAAUAAAUUUGUGCGGUAUAGACGUGAUCUGAACUGUUCUUGCGCCUCCACAAUGUCCAAGUACAGAAUUGUCAUGGUUCGCCACGGCGAGAGCGAAUGGAAUCAGCUGAAUCUUUUCUGCGGAUGGUUCGACGCUGGUUUAUCAGAGAAGGGAAAGAGUGAAGCGGUUGCUGCUGGAAAAGCUCUCAAGGCGGAGGGUUACACUUUUGACGUAGCUCACACGUCGAUGCUUACUCGGGCUCAGACGACGCUUCAAGCUAUACUAAAAGAAAUUGGCCAGGAGAAUUUGCCAACUGAAAAAACGUGGCGUCUCAACGAGCGCCACUACGGAGGACUCACCGGAAUGAACAAGGCUGAAACUGCGGCUAAGUACGGCGAGGAGCAGGUUCAGAUUUGGAGACGGUCGUUCGAUACUCCUCCACCUCCCAUGGAACCUGACCACAAAUAUUACGAGACUAUUGUUAAGGACCCGAGGUAUGCUGCGGAACCCAAGCCCGAGGAAUUCCCUAAAUUUGAGUCUUUGAAACUGACAAUUGAGAGAACUCUUCCCUAUUGGAACAACACCAUCAUUCCUCAGCUUAAGGAAGGAAAGAAGAUCAUCAUAGCUGCGCACGGGAAUAGUCUGCGUGGCAUCGUGAAGCACCUUGAUGAACUUAGCAAUGAACAAAUUAUGGGUCUCAAUCUACCGACGGGAAUUCCAUUUGUCUAUGAACUGGAUGAGAAUUUCAAACCUGUUGUAUCGAUGAAAUUCCUUGGCGAUGAGGAGACUGUUAAGGCAGCAAUAGCUGCGGUCGCUGCCCAAGGCAAGGCUAAGUAAUGUGUCGAGUACAUCUCUCCAGCGUGAGAUCCGGGUAUUAUUAUCAAUAGAAUAUUUCCCCCAUGUGACUAUUUAUGAACCAGCAUAAACGGUACGUUGUAUAAAUUAUUCAAUAACUAUCUAUUGUACUAGUCUGAACGUAUCUAUGAAUGAAUGUUACUAAUAAAAUGAAUUUUAAUUAA